AUGAACAGCGGCCCGCGGCCAGUGCUGUCUUUAUUGCAGGAAUUUGUUGCGCACAUACCACCGCAGGCGAAAAAUGCCAAAGCAGAUACGAUUGAUGAUCCUUUGUCUAUGCCAUCAUUCGUUUCGCACAACUCCGUCAGUGACACUGUUAAACUAGACGAUUUACAAAUUACGUUACAGACAGACAGCCAGGACGAGAUCGAAGCAGUCGCUUCAGAGCAGUCGAAAUCAGUUGGUGUUCUACGAAGCGUUGAUAAAGUAGUUGCGACUAAUAAAGGCGAAGCUCCUGAUAUUUCACCUGUCCAGGAUGUGUUUGUCGGUGCGGAAGAGACUUUUGUAGGUGCGACUUCUGAUCUUGAUGUUUCCACCACUUCACCGAACGAUAUGAUUGCCGAAGUUGAUGCUACUACUGCUGGGCAGGCCAUUAACGUCAGCCAGAUAGCGCCAGAAUCAACUACAGCAGGAAGCAAUGAGGUUGCCGUUAAAACUGAAGACGAAGAGACACCGGGUGAGCAGCGUGACCAUGACUACGUAGCCGAUAAUUUUCAUGCUGAAGGAAUUGGUUCCGAAACUGACGCCGAUGAUUCAGGGACAGAAUCCUGCAAGUCGCCUGAUUCGCAUGCUUGUUCUCGUCCUGUUCAUAAUGGUACUGUUGCUGAAGCACAAAAGUCAGCAAGAACGAACUCUGAGCCAGAAUGGGAGGCAGGGUUUGACCCCCAACUGGAAAAGCAGUUAAAAUCCUUGCGCUCGUUCCACCUUAAUCUCGAUUCCAACAUUUCUCAAAAACCUACUUUGCCUAUCGUGAUUCUGGAAAGAGUAGACGAUUCCGCGAUUUCUGGUGGUGAUGUCUCUGCAGUGAAACCGCAGAGAAACAAAAGCGCGGACGAUUAUGACGAAGACUGUACUACAGGUUGUGAAUGUUUUGACGAAGUGACUGAGCGAGAAAAGACACUAGGUAUAAUUGGAAGUCCUGACGAAAAUAUACCUGACCUGGAAUCGGAAACUGCUCCAAAAAGUGACGAUCCUAAAGGCAAGUAA